AUGGAAAACUCUCAGCACGCAAAGGAGGAUUUGGCGGCAACCAACCGCCGAUUUUGGAAUGACCACGGUCGCGAGUUAUUUAAGCAGCAGUGGGUACUCGACAUGUCCAAGAAAAUCGGCGAUGCCCUCUCCAACAGCGUCCAGUGGAUGGGUGUCCGAGGUCGGUCAGAAGGUGGCUCUCCCGUGAAGCUUCUAGACUAUGCGUGCGGCCCUGGCAUGGUUUCGAACACUCUUCUGGGCCAAUUCGACAUUAUUAGGGGUAUCGACAUCUCCGAAACUAGUGUUGCAUCUUACAACGAGAUGGCUCAACAGUCGGGUAUCCCAGUUGAGCAAAUGCACGCUGUCCAGGGCUACAUCCCACCGCCACCCGAAAACACGCUUCUCGCCGCGGAGGAAUUUUUCAAUUUCGACCUAAUAGUGAUUAGUAUGGCUCUUCAUCACAUUGAGGAUCAAGCGGGCGUUCUCUCUGGUCUUUAUGAGCGCCUAAGAAGCGGUGGUGUCUUGGUUGUCAUAGAUCUGGCUCCAGACGCUCACUCUCAUAACCACACCCAGGGAGGCGAAUGCGCCAACCAUGACGACUAUCACGCCCAACAUAAAGCCCGGGUUCAGCACACGAUUUCUAAUCAUCACGGAUACGGAGUUGAAGAUAUGAAGGAUCUUCUGUCCAAAGCUGGAUUUGUUCCAGGAAGCUUUGACUACCAGCUAUAUCCCAACACGUCACCACAUGCAUCCGAUAUCUCUGGGCAUGAUUUUAGCAAGAACUUUAGUAUGAAGCCAUUUUUCAUCGCCAAAGGUGCAAAGGAAUAG